AUGUAUCAGGGUCAGGCUGGGGGGGUCCAGAAUGAGCUAAGGGAAAAGGAAAAAUCAGGGGAGUUUGUUUCUCAUGGAAGCCAUGACAUUUUAACUGAAGCGCUUGGAAAUCCUGAGCAUGGAGGCUAUGUAAGGGGAGUGGGCGGAAAAGCAAUGCUUACAUCAGUUUUUAAAAGAAAGAGGCGUUGUAAUCAAACAGAGGGUAUGCUUACAAUUAAACAAGUGGAAGAAAUUACAAAUUUCCUCACUGAACAAGUAAGGGAGCAGACAAGGGCUGAAAUGAGAGUUGUUACCCUUGAUGUCUUGAAAUCUUGUGGUAUACAAGUACCUAAAGAUUUGGAGGUUAAUACGAUUGAUGUUCCCACUCGUAGUAGUUGUCAGUCUGUUGAUCCCGAUCCUUUCGCGAAUGGCUCUAAGGAGCCAAUUCCUUGUGAUAUAUUAGUACUUGAAGAAAGCUCUGGAAAUCGAGUUGUGGCAACAGGUACAUUGUUGAAAAGCGUACCAGGGGAGCUUGUUCAUGGCGUUCCAUUACUUGAAGAUCAUGUCAAGGUGAAAAUCCUACAUGUUGUUGAAGGUGAAGAGAAUACACCUCUACCCUUGCCUUUUUUUGGGCACGAGUCCCUUGGUGAGAUAAAAGGAAUUUGGGCUCAGUGGCCUCGUUCACAAGUCAGAUUAUCCAUUGAGAACUUGAUCGAUCAACCACCACCACCAAAGAAGAUUAGAAAUAAUCUAAUGGAGGGUAAGAAACUAGUUGACACCGGUUCAGCUGUUGAAUCUCGUUUUAAUGAUAAUGAAGAAGAACUCGCCCCCUUCCUUAUUGGCAAGGACAUGUUUUUGGCAUUGCCAAAUAGCUGCAAGCAAUUAUACAACUUGUAUAAGAAUCGAGAUGUUGAUUUCAGCGUUGAUGUUGAUUUCGAAGAGGAUAUCUUAUACUAUCCUGAUAAAGUUUCUUUUACUGCUUACGUGUUUGGUGAUGAUCUUAAGAAAUUACUGAACAUGGAAUACAUACGUACAUCUUGUGUGGAUAUCUGGAUAAGGUUUUUGCAAAACGAGAUCACGAAAAACAAGCUCCAAGAAGAAGUUGGAUUUUUUUGUCCGCAUAAGCUAGGGCUGGUUAAACUUCGUCCCAGUAUCCACACAAAAUAUGUGAAUCAUUCAAUUACCAAGCAAAGUACGAAGAAAUAUAUACUUGCCCCGAUCCGUCAAGAUAAAUAUCAUUGGAUGUUGGUUGUGAUUUGCCUUGAAAGAGGGGAAGCCUUUUUCUUUGAUUCCAUGGCUGAUGGGUCGUUAGAGAAUUUGCAUACCAAAGGCUCCUUGUCUGUCGCAUAUAGGACUUUAAUGAACAUGGACAAAGGAUCUCGGAAAACGAAGCUAACGUGGAAGGUGGUUAAGUGUCCUCGUUCUCAACAAGUUGGGCUAGUUGAGUCCGGCUAUUAUGUCAUGAAGUAUAUGGAUCAAAUAGUAUCUCUUGUAUCGAAAAAGGAACGUGAUUUUCAAAAGCAUUUCACUCUGGAGGCAUAUACUCAAUAAAUUAUCGAUGAUGUUCGUGAAAGAUGGUGUAGAUUUUUCAUUGAUAAUUGUUUAUAGUUAAUUAAUUUCAGUUUGACACUUAGUUGACAUAAACUUCUCAAAUUCGUGUCCAGGAUUUUCUAAUAUGUAAAA